GGCCCCGCUCCCCGCCCCGCCGCGCCCUGAGCGCCCCCUCCCCCGCUUCCCCCGGGUCCCCCUCUCCAGGCAGGAAGAUGUCCAAGCCCCGCGCGGUGGAGGCGGCGGCGGCGGCGGCGGCGGUGGCAGCGACGGCCCCGGGCCCGGAGAUGGUGGAGCGGAGGGGCCCGGGGAGGCCCCGCACCAACGGGGAGAAUGUUUUUACCGGGCAAUCAAAGAUCUAUUCCUACAUGAGCCCCAACAAAUGCUCUGGAAUGCGUUCCCCCCUUCAGGAAGAGAACUCAGUUGCACAUCACGAAGUCAAAUGCCAGGGGAAGCCAUUAGCCGGACUCUACAGGAAACGAGAAGAGAAAAGGAACAGUGGGAACGCAAUCCGAAGCACCAUGAAGUCCGAGGAACAGAAGAUCAAAGACGCCGGGAGAGGUCCCCUGGCACCUUUUCCAAACCAAAAAUCUGAAGCAGCAGAACCUCCAAAAACUCCGACCUCGUCUUGUGACCCUCCCGUCGCAGCCGUCGCCAAGCAGGCCCUGAAAAAGCCCGUCAAGGGCAAACAGGCCCCUCGGAAGAAAGCUCAAGGAAAAACACAACAGAAUCGCAAACUCACGGAUUUCUACCCCGUGCGAAGGAGCUCCAGGAAGAGCAAAGCUGAGCUGCAGUCUGAAGAGAGGAAAAGAAUAGAUGAGUUGAUUGAAAGCGGGAAGGAAGAAGGAAUGAAGAUUGACCUCAUCGAUGGCAAGGGCAGGGGCGUGAUCGCCACCAAGCAGUUCUCCCGGGGAGAGUUCGUGGUAGAAUACCACGGGGACCUCAUCGAGAUCACCGAUGCCAAGAAGCGGGAGGCUUUGUACGCACAAGACCCCUCCACGGGCUGCUACAUGUACUAUUUCCAGUAUCUCAGCAAAACCUACUGGUAAGUCCGCUAGCGCUUUGAGUGGCUUUUCCGCACCCUGGCGGAGAGGACAGGCCCGAGGGCAGAGAGCACGACAGCCUGCUGAUUCUUUCUGUUGCUCCUGCUUCUUGGUUGGCUCUUGCUGCCCUUUUCCAAGCCGUGAAGCGGCUCUCCCCCCGCUUGCCACUUCAGCCUUUGGGCCUGGAGCUGCUGUGGCUGCCAUCUGACCGGGCGAGAAGCAGAGGCGGACCAGUCCAUGCAGACCCGCUCCGAGGCUCCCCAGGCCGCUCCCGCUCCUGCUCCUGGCGUUCGGCCAGAGCGGCUCUAGAAGCCAGCGACUGCUCCUGUCCCCAUAUGGCCAGUGCGCUCGAUUCGGUGUUUUGUUGUGUUGGUGGUGGUGGUGUUUGACAUCAGGCUUUAUUUUUCCGACCGGUUUUGGGUUCCCAGCAAAACCGAGCAGAAGGUACGGAGAGUUCCGAUACUCCUGCCUCCUCACAGCUUCCCCCACUAUCCGCAGUUGAUCUUUAUUCAUUUAUUUCUUAUGCGCUUGCCUCACGGGCCUCCACAAAGAGCCUCUUGCAUUCCUGUCUCCUCCCACCCCCCACUCUCUCGCCCAGUGCCUCCCUCGGCUCUUAAAAGAUGUUGUUUUGACUUGAAUUGCUUUCCCCAAAAACGUGGCUAUAAAUCGACAUCCCACC